AUGGCUAACACUGCCAUGCAACUGGUAGCCUUGAUUGUGUGCAUAAUUGGCAUGAUUGGGACAUUGUCUGCUACUAUUAUGCCACAGUGGAGUAUCACAGCACACAUUGGAUCAAACGUUAUAACUGCCAUUAUCUACAUGAAAGGGUUGUGGUGGACGUGUGCCAUGUUUAGCACUGGUGUCUUUCAGUGUGAGACCUACAACUCUGUUUUGGAACUUCCAACUGAUCUUCAGGCUGCUCGAGCCCUGAUGGUCAUCUCCGUUGCCGUCUCAAUGCUCGCUAUUACAGUCUCCGUGGUUGGCAUGAAAUGUACUGUGUGUGCCAGGGAUUCUCCAAUAAAGGACAAGGUUGCUGGAACGGGAGGAGUUUUGUUUAUCAUAGCAGGACUUAUGGGCUUGAUACCUGUGGCAUGGACAAUGAAUGAAGUGAUAAGGAGCUUCCAUGACCCCUUAAUUCCAAGUGACCUCAAGUUUGAAAUUGGUGAGUCCUUGUACCUUGGGGUUGUUGCUGCUGGUUUGACCAUCAUUGGCGGAGUCAUGCUGUCCCUGUCAUUUAUAGAUACAAAAUCUGAUCACUACAGAAGACGACCAAUGUCCUACCAAAAUCCUGCAACAAACCGUUCUGCUCCUCCACGGUCAGCUGCAUCUCUUCAUUCAAAAGCACCAAAAUCAGAAUUCAACUCUUACAAUCUGACUGGUUACGUGUAAGUUCAGUUGCAUAUUCAGUGGCAGUGUGAGAAUCACAGUGAUGUUACUUAAACGAGUAAUUAUAAAGGCUAUUCUUUAUAGUAAAAUCAUUCUCCAUGAGGGAAUAAUUUACAUUCAGCUGUCAAGACCUUUGCAAAAUAAAGAUUAAAAAUAUCCAUUUAUAGCACGCGAAUGAUUAUAUACUCAUUUUUAAUUAAAGAUAAUCAAUUUUUCCAAAGUAUUUGAGAAUGAGUGAAGUAAUUUUCUAGGAUAGAAGUAAAACUGGUUGGCGAGAUUGAAACUUAAAGAAGCAUGGUUUCUUCCUGCUUUUACUCGUAGGUGGAAGGAUAUUGCCUGAAAUGCUUGGGGACUUGAUGCUAUUUAAAAUUAGCUCUAGGUUAUGUGUAAAAAUGACCGCAGAAUAAAUAAAUUACAUUUUGUUGAAGGGAAAAUCAUGGAUAUUGGUGCAGAUUUUUCACCAGGAUUAGUUUUCAUAUGAAUGAUUGAUUACUAAUGAGGAACUAUCCAUGUAACAGAUCUAUUGCUGUGAAGGACAGUUUUUAAAAUAGCAUUUUAUUUCUGAUGCCACAAUGAAACAGGGCUUAAAAUUCUUCAAAAAUACAUGUUAAAAUUAUAGAUUUAAAGUAAGUCAAUGUGACGCACUGACACUUAUCCCUUUGGUUCAGUAGCUCUCCCAUUCUAACAAUUAUUUCAAAUAGAAUAAGGCACAAUGAUUUUUUUCUCAUCAAAGGUGAGAUCUAUAAAUAAUUAAUACCUCAAUUAUUAAUUAUUUAUAGCUGUCACCUCCUGUUUACAAUAUUUCCAGUUAAUUUUAGUUAAUAUCCCCAGAAAAAGUUCCUUACUAAAUUUGAAUAUUUUAAAAUAAUAAUACUUCUUUACUAUUGAACAGUAGUGCAUUAUGCACCCAGAAAAGAGUUGGGUGAAGCAUUCCCCAAGUUAUUUCAGCAGCUGUGUUGUCAGUGUCAUAAAAGCUCCAUCAUUUUACUACCUUACCCAUUUACUCAGAUUUGCCUGUUCCAAAAUAAUACAUCAGUUUGCUUAACAAUUUGCUUGACAAUUUUUAUCCAUGAUUUAAAUACCCAAUAAGUUUUACGGUGCAAUGCAGGAGAUCAACAUUUCAUACCAAUUCAAUUUGGUAUACAGAUAAUUCACAGAGAAGCAUUCAUAGGAAACCAUAAAAUGUCUUGCAUUGCUUUUAAGUUGGUUAAUUUGUCAAUCAUAAAAAAUGAUCCAAUUUAAUGCAAGAGCAACAUUGUAUGAUUACUUGCCCAGUAGCAGAAGAAUUAAAUGGUGUGGUGUCUUGUAAAGUAGGACAAUAUUCAUAUUGGCAAUUAUUACAUUUAUUACAAGUUAAUUGUUACAUUAUAAAAGUAACAUGGUAACUUGGGUUGAAAGGGCUAAACCAAACAUGAAAGAUCUACAUUUAGCAAAGAAGUGAUCAGUAAGAUCCCUAUUUAUGAUAGCCUUUUAUUUUCUCAGCCUUGAAAGCGUAUAGUUAACUAGUUGAAUAGUCUGCAGUGCCCUAUUGCUCAGGAUCAUUUCUGAGAUUGUUGGCACUUAUGAGAUAUUCUUCAGACCAUGUGAGCAUAGAACAUAGAACAGUACAGCACAGGAACUUUUUUGAAAAGAAUAUAAUACUCUAUUUUAUACCAUGUUGAGAAUUUUAAUGGAUGUGAGUAUUGAAUGCAAUAACAUCCAUUGAUUAAGAUGUCAUUGUAAAUUGUUUAGCUUUGCCACCAGUCUCUGUGGUGAGAAUAAUGUCAAUAGCAAAAUAAAUGUUCUCAGGGGCCUUUCACACUAUGUACGUACAGGCCCUAGUGAAUGCCUGCUCCACCAUGGCUUCUCAGGAAUUCCCAUGUCAGGGUGACAUAAACUGACUGCUCAACCGAUAACACUUGGCUAUUGUCUUCAACUCAGUCUGUCAGUGGAAACAAACAUUCAGCAUGUUAUUGCUGAAUCGAAUUUGGACAUUAUGUGGUGUUCUCACACAUCAGAGUAGUACUUUGGCAUGUAUCCAUUCGGUAACAUUCCAAAAGUGCAAAUGGAAUCCUCACAUCCUUCCCUGGUGUCAGCCAUCGCAGUACUCUCCACUUCAACUGAUUAGAAACUUGUCGUACAACAAGAGUUACAAACAAACUGUUGUUGGGUCUUUGUAUAAGUAUUUGUUUAAAAGAACCUACACUCAAAGAAACAACAAGGGCCUUGCAUGAUACUGAUUAUGCUUGUCCAAUUCUUCAGCAAAACAAAGCUGUGUUGGUUCUCAAGAAAGAUUAUGUGGACUUUGAGACUAUGGCUAAUUUUCUUGAAGCUGUAAAAGUUAAAUACUUGGAGCUUAUGCCAAUUUAUUUUGUGAACUCUAAACUUUAUACACUAAUUUUGAUUUUAACUAUUGAAAAUAAUAAUAUUCCUUUUUGUUAGGCAUUUGGAAAAUUACUACAAGAUAUUAACUUUAGAAUAUUUUAAAAUGGAGUCAAAUUACUGUUCUGUUAAAACUUCAUUAACUGCAAGUUACUAUUGUUAUUACUGAUUUGAGUUUCUCAGGAAUGUUGAAGAUGAAAUUGAUGUGUGAUUUUUUUACUUUCUCUCACUUUUUGAUAAUUUCCUUAAUAUUAUAAAUUUAAAUGUAAAAUGUCAUUGGUGAUUAGCAAUUGUAAUCAAUAUUUACUGGAAAAAAAUAAAACACAUUGA